AUGGAGAGAACCGACAAACAAAAUGGAAAAAUCAAAAUUAUCAGUUUUAUGCAUGAGAAACAAAAAUAUAGGCCUCUAGCAAAGGGACUUGCGUAUUUACACGAAGAAUGCACCACUCAAAUCAUCCACUGCGACAUCAAGCCUCAGAAUAUACUUCUUGAUGAAUAUUUCAAUGCUCGGAUUUCAGACUUUGGAUUAGCAAAACUUCUGAUGAUGAAUCAGAGUCGUACCCUCACUAAUAUCAGAGGUACAAAAGGGUAUGUUGCUCCCGAAUGGUUUAGAAACACUCAAGUCACCGCGAAAGUUGAUGUUUAUAGCUUCGGAGUUUUACUACUAGAGAUCAUUACAUGCAGAAAAAGCCUGAUAGAUUUGGAAUUUGGAGAGGGAGAAAAUCCAAUUCUUACAGAUUGGGUUUGGGACUGCUUUCAGGAUGGAACGCUAGAUACUUUGGUUAAAAAUGAUGCUGAAGCUUUAAAUGACAAGAAAAGUGAUGUAGGAUGA